CUGCGGCUGACCCUGGUGUAUGUCGGUUCCCCUGUUCGUUGCGGCUUCAUCCAAUACCUGAUUCCUUCCACUCACUCACCCUUUCAUCCUCGUUUGUAUACAUUGUACAAUCCUUAGCACUUUCUACAGCCGUCAUUCGCUCGCAUCAUCCUCAGGAAUCGACACAGCCACAUACAUAGCAUAGCUUAUUCUUGCUGUGCUCAGGGACCGCGUCUGUCAUUGUUGUCUCGCCGUCUGCGACUUUGUCCCCUGUCCUCAGCUGUCCCGUCAGCCUCCGUCGUAUCUUUUCACUCGAUGACUUGCAGCCUGCUAUCAUAUUUCCGAUCCUAGUGAGAGAAAGUGUGCGUGGCUACAAAAUCGACUUCCAGCGCCAAAAAGCCUACGUUCUCCGGCCGACUUUCAUGAUCACCUCUUUGUCGUCCAACCGCGGGUCAAUCAAGAAAUCUACCGCGAACACAGUCGCUUGCCGUGCUUCUUCGCCACAGUUCACCCAUCUGUAGGGUGAAUGCCAGCGAUGGCCCGCCCAAAUUUUAUCGAGAUACCUGCCAACGACUCCUCCCGAGCCAGCAGUUCGUUGUCCAAGCAUUCCCACCUCUCCCCCCGAAUCCAACAUUUUGACGGCGAUGUACCUCCGGCGCUAUCACCAUUGGAUGCCAUUGCGGCCAGGAGUCGGAAGUUGGCCAAAGAAUUGGAGGAAACCAGAAAAGCUGGGGAGAGGCGCAUGAGCAGACUCCCACCUCAAGUUGUGACGGAAUCCCUGACCGAACAUCAAAAGACGCGUCCUCCCAUCUUCCGCGCGCUAUCUGAUGGCCUUGACACUGUUCCGCCUCUGCCUACGAUUGAUAAGGACGGUCGAUCAGGCAGUUUCCCCAAGCUCUCGACGCCGCUGAACAGGCCGACGUCUCAGCAUGUUCGCAUGAGUGCCAUUUACAAACAAGAGGGACCCGGGCAGGGCAGAGAAAAUGCUUCGCACGACGACUACUUUGGUGUUCCCAGAGUAGAGUCCCCUGCCCCAUUAGACGGACACCGCACUUUUCUACCAUCAGACGACCCAAAUAGCCCGGCCUCGAUUUCAGAGUUCGUGACCCAACAGAUGCCAGAACAAUCCCAGACCGACCGGUCUGCGACUUUGGCACCGCCCCGGUCGCAUUCAGACAGAUUGCGACCAUAUCAGGAUGCCUCUGACGAUGAUUAUGCCAGCUCCAAUGCUGGAUCGACGUUUUCACCCACAAGGAAACUGUCUUCUAAUAGUGGAAUGUCGGCACCUCACUCUCCACACUCGCCUUAUAGAUCUUACCAUGCUCGGUCGCCUUCCAAUCUCUCUCUGGAAUCUCCAACGAGGUCCCAUUUCACUCGCAACUUUUCUCGACCUUUGAGUUCAUCCAGUAUGACGAAUCUUACGACUGAAAAGAGUCCAUCCAAGGGUCCGUGGGCUGCUCAAAUGAGUAAUCUGCGGACUGCAAGCUCCUUUGACGACUCCAGGCCGCCGCAAGGAUACGUCUCGGGUGAAGCAUCCUCGUACACUCAUGUUACAUACAGCUUGCCGCGAGGUCGGAAGGUCUCGAAUGGUAAUGCUCUGGAUUUAUCGGCUCUGUCAAAGCCGCAUUUUGAGUGGGAGGAACCCAUGUUUCCGGGCACACCUCCCAUGGAAGCGAAUAACAGCAGCGAACUUGCUGUUCCCUCUCCAAUGGCAUCGGCAAGACCAAGCAGAGAGGAGCCGUCCAACGAGCGGUCCGGCUUUUCCUUCGAGUACGAUGCGGAGCGACCACUUGCUCCGGAACAUGAAUCCAGACAAUCUUCUACAUACACCCCGACGGGUUCAUUACGAUCCAACGACUCGUCCGUGCAGAGGCCAUCUAUUGGAGAUGCACCUUCUGCGGCUUACACGAUCCCUCCAGUUCCAUUAUCACCCGUCGCAGAAGCAUCCCACUCUUCUAGAUCCAAUAGCACUGUUCGGCCUACCACUGCCCGAUCGAUCAGUAACUACCAAGCACUGUCUGCGGAGGAACAUGUGAAUAAAGCUAUCGAACUGCACGAGCAUGGUGAUCUGAAAGAGUCGACCUAUCAUUUACGAAUCGCCGCGAACAAAGGCCAUCCCACGGGGAUGCUGUUGUACGCUCUUGCAUGCCGUCAUGGCUGGGGCAUCAGACCGAAUCAAAAGGAGGGCGUCCAAUGGCUUCGCAAAGCCGUGGAUUCCGCCAUGCUGGAGAUUGCAGACGACGAGAAUCCUUCUUCCCAAAAGCCCGGCACCGAUUUCAACGACAAGAAGACGCAUCGCGCACAGUUUGCACUGAGUAUCUACGAGCUAGGAGUUUCUCAUCUCAAUGGCUGGGGUAUCGAGCAGGACAAAGCACUGGCUUUGCGAUGCUUCGAGGUUGCUGGAAACUGGGGCGACACGGAUGCUUUGACUGAGGCUGGCUUUUGCUACGCCGAGGGCAUUGGGUGUAAAAAGGACUUGAAGAAGGCCGCCAAGUUCUAUCGGAUGGCCGAGGCCCAGGGGGUGAGCAUGAUUGGAAACAGCUGGAUCCACAAAGAAAAGUACAACGACACUGAUGACAGUGUAAGUCGGUCCAGGUCUUCGAAGAAGAACAACUCGGAAAAGCCACGCAGCAAAUCCAAGUCACGCGGUAUUUUCGGAAGGAAGAAGUCGACGACUGCUUAGACGCAGCAGCACAGAAAAUGUGAUAUGGUUCGAGGCCUUUAAUGACGACAUGUUAUGCUUUUGAUUGAGAGUGUUAUACUCUGGUAAAAGCGUCAUGAUUUUUUGGGGUUUGAUCGAAUGUGUGGACAUUAUUGCAAUUGAUCUGUUGGAACACUAUCGAGGGCAAGAUUGUCGGCCGAUCCGGCCAUCGAAUCCAUUGCAGUUGCAUGAUGGCAGAUCUGUGGAGGCGGAAAAAUUAAUCCUUCGACUCUGGAGAUUAUCCUCCGUUUUGCAAUAUAUAUUCGCUCGAAGAUUGGCAAAGCACGUUGCGGCUGAGACGUCUUCGGCUACAUGUACAGCUUGAGUACCCUUGUUCAUCUUGAUCGUGCGAUAUAAUACCACAAUGUGGUGAGUGAUUGGCAGAUCGCGAUGCCACAGCCACGUACAACGUAGGUGACAGCCUUGCAGAUAUCGAUGACUAAUGCAUUACAUAACACGUAAGUCACACAUCGCGCCAUGUUGUGAAUGUAACAAUGGCCACA